AUGGACGUCCAUGGCCAACCAUUCUGUGUCUCUAGCGCACUUUGCAGACUCUGCCAGUUUUGGUUUCGCGAUGGAGAGUCCGUCACCGCAGAUGGGCAUGUGACGAUUCACAUCGCCUGCACCAAGCGAGGCUGCUGGUGCCAGCCGGGGAUCCUUUGCUUCCACACCUCGUGCUACGCCUUCUACUCGGCCAAGUUUGGCCAGACAUCGCAUCUACUCGUGGAUUCCAUGUAUAGCGACUACACUCCAGCCUUUUCUCUGCAACGAAAACGAACAGCAUACAUCCUGAAUCUCCUGGAGCGUCGAACGACAUCAGGCGCAUUAGCCACACUUCCACCAGAGCUGCGUCGCCUGGUUGCGCGGGACCUUGUUCGGGAGUACGCCGUGGUCAAUUUGCAUCACCUGGUGCAUACUGCGCCGACUGUUCCCAACACCGUCACCAUUGACCUUGAGCAGGACGUGUAUGCGUCCUAUGUACGCAUUGAGGGUAGCACCUAUGUCCAGUCUCUUCACAACAAGGCGCCCCAGGGAGCCCGUCUGGACUGCAAGCAUAUCCAUUCCCCGCACCCGGGCCAGAUCGUACGCAAGAUAUUCUUGGAGUAUGAUCACCUGGGCAUCCGAGGGGUUCACGUGUGCGCUCCCAGAAGUGAUUCUCAGCAGACGGCUGACAACGUAUGGUGGGUGGAGCUUCGACGCCAGCAGGGACUUCGACAUAUCCUGGCUGUAUCUGAUGGGUUGAAGGUCAGGGGCAUCAUGGAUGGGAUGGAACAAGAUGCAACAGAUGGUUCCAUCCGCGGCCCUGCUUGGCCGGAGCCAGCCACGGAAUGCAAAGUGAUAGACCUCGAAGGACUCAAAAUUUCCACCUUUCCGCCCCGAGGAUUGAGAAUGAGCCAUGUCGAAUUCAAUGCGCCACAUGUCCAGGGGUAUUUUAUUGCUAUUUUCCGACGCCAGGUCAUAAAGUUGCAGGCACACCGCCAAACAGCAAGCCGGCAUUUCUACCAUGAUGCAGACAUUAUUUGCAAGGAUCUAACGUGGAUAUACAUGCCUGUAGAUCCGGGAGAAUACGUCAAAGAGAUUGGGAUUCUGCGGUGCACACUUCGGCCGCCAAGCCAGCUGCAUUGGCCUACAACGUUGAUGCUCGUCACUAACCGCGGCCGAGCAUCGAUUUUGGGAAAGAUCCCCAGUCCUCGGCAUACCUAUUCCCGAGUCCAUGAGAUUGGAACUUCACCCUCAAAAGUAUACGUUAACGAGGUAGACAGCGUACGAGACGGGCAGCGAGUUAGGUACGUAGGGGUGCAGGCCACGAUUCCAAGCUGCUGGGAAAAAUCGACCAACUCAAAGUUUUGGAUGCCAAACUCUAUCCCCCAUCGAUUUGGUCAAACGCAUCUUUACUCGUGCUGUCGACUGGAGAAUGUUGCCGCAGUAACGCCAUGCCGUGGUAAGCGUCUUCGACACCAACCCAUCAUAGGCAUGUUGCUCCAAUACCAUGACGGAACUCGUGCCUGUGUCGGUCAGUAUCGAUUGGACUGGACACUGGACACUGUAGCCAUACGACCAGAGCUGCCAAUGUGGCUUAGGCAAGGAGAGAUAGAACGCGACAAGAAAUAUGUCAGUGAGGUUCGACUCAACGGACGGCAAGUCGUUGACGGCGCGCAAUCAUGGCAAGAGAUUCCUUGGCAUGGCAAGUUGGAGUGGUGGUACUUGCGACAGGAGGCUAGGGUGAUUCAUGUCGCGUCAGAGCCCGAAUAA